GGCGCCUUAGCGGCUGCGCGCUGGCCACCCCGUCUUUUCGGUCCCGGUGGCGGCAGCGCAGACCAGCGGUGCCCACACUCCGGCUCUCCGCGCCUCCCCUCCGCUUUCUUCCUGCUGCGUUGCCCGCCUCGCCACCAUGACGGAACAGGCCAUGUCAUUCGCCAAGGACUUCCUGGCCGGAGGCAUCGCCGCCGCCAUCUCCAAGACGGCCGUGGCCCCGAUCGAGCGGGUCAAGCUGCUGCUACAGGUACAGCACGCCAGCAAGCAGAUCGCGGCCGACAAACAGUACAAGGGCAUCGUGGACUGCAUCGUGCGCAUCCCCAAGGAGCAGGGUGUGCUGUCCUUCUGGAGGGGCAACCUGGCCAACGUCAUCCGCUACUUUCCCACGCAGGCCCUCAACUUCGCCUUCAAGGACAAGUACAAGCAGCUCUUCCUGGGGGGCGUGGACAAGCAUGCGCAGUUCUGGAAGUACUUUGCGGGCAACUUGGCCUCGGGCGGGGCGGCCGGAGCCACCUCCCUCUGCUUCGUCUACCCCCUGGAUUUCGCCAGAACCCGGCUGGCGGCUGACGUCGGCAAAUCUGGCGCGGAGCGCGAGUUCAGAGGCCUGGGAGACUGUCUGGUGAAGGUCACCAAGUCUGACGGCAUCCGGGGGCUGUACCAGGGCUUCGGCGUCUCUGUGCAGGGCAUCAUCAUCUACCGGGCCGCCUACUUUGGCGUCUAUGACACCGCGAAAGGCAUGCUCCCCGACCCUAAGAACACGCACAUCAUGGUUAGCUGGAUGAUCGCGCAGACGGUGACGGCCGUGGCGGGCGUGGUCUCCUACCCCUUCGACACCGUUCGGCGGAGGAUGAUGAUGCAGUCGGGGCGCAAAGGAGCCGACAUCAUGUACAGGGGCACCUUGGACUGCUGGCGGAAGAUCUUCACGGACGAGGGCGGCAGAGCCCUUUUCAAGGGCGCCUGGUCCAACGUGCUCCGUGGCAUGGGCGGCGCCUUCGUACUGGUCCUGUACGACGAGCUGAAGAAGGUCCUGUAGGCGCCCCGCCC